UCGAACAUGUCUGCGACAUGUCACUUCAACACUGUUGAACAAAAAUGUAGGAAACAAAAAUUUGUAGUUUAUUAGUAUAUUUAGUAGUAUACAUCAUGUCGUCGGAUGAAGAUGUGGCGUUAUUAUCGGUACUAAUAUUGCGAAGGCGAAAGAAGAAACAUAAUCAAAAAUAUUGGGUUCGUCCAUAUAGUACAGCUAAUCUUCAUCGCAGUAUAUUUAAAAGUUGUACUGGUGAAGAAAUGAUGGAAGAUCAAGCAAAAUUUCAAUCAGUUUAUAGAAUGUCACGAGAGACAUUUUUAGUACUUUUGGAUAUAAUUGGACCUUCUAUCAAGAGCUCAGUUAAAAAAUUUCGGGAAUCCAUUACACCAAAGGAAAAACUAAUUAUUACAAUGAGAUACUUGGCAACCGCAAUGAGUUUCAAGCAGUUAUCUUUCUUAUUUAUGAGAGGAGACUCUACAAUUGGACAACUAGUUGAAGAAGUUUGUGACAAUAUUUGGUCAGGUUUGCAAAUGGAAUUCAUGCCUUUUCCAAGUGAAUUGCAAUGGAUUGAAAAAGCCGAACGCUUUGACGAACUUUGGAAUUUACCGAAUUGUAUUGGUAGUAUCGAUGGAAAACCUAUUAGAAUACAUUGUCCAGCCAAGACGGGAUUCGCCUUUUAUAAUUAUAAAAGUUAUUUUUCAUUGCAAUUAUUGGCUAUAGCGGAUGCAGAUAGCAAUUUUACUGCAAUUGACGUUGGCGACUACGGUAGAAAUGGUGAUGGGGUAUUUAAGAAUUCAAGUAUUGGACGAAACUUCCAGGCAAACACACUCAAUUUUCCACCACCGCAGCCUUUGCCCAAAGAACCACACGAGCCGGCUUUUCCCUAUUAUUUUGUCGGAGAUGCUGCCUUCCCUCUUUGUAAAAAAUUAUUAAAGCCUUAUCCGUUAAGAAAUUUAACAAACCCGAAAAGAAUCAUCAACUAUAGAUUAUCACGAGCUCGUCGAAGUGUAGAAUGUGCGUUUGGUAUAAUGGUGUCAAAAUUUAAAAUUCUAGAGUAGGUCUCUCUAGAAUUUUAAAUUUCUAUGCUCACCCCAAAAAGUUGAUAAGAUUGUUAAGGCAAUUUGUGUGUUACACAAUUUUAUAAGAAAAAUAGAUGGAAAAAUGUCAGAGCCAACAUUUGAAAUGCGUGGGUUACCACAUAAUAAUAAUAACACACAAAUAUUACAAAAUUUUCACCCUCAAUAUCAGCGCGGCACAAAUAAGGCGAUAAUAUUGCGAGAUAGAUUAUGUUCAUAUGUAAAUCAGCCCUAUGCGGCAUUACCUUGGCAGUCAAAAUAUUGUGUAUAAUGAAUAAUAUUAUAACUGUUCUUCUUCACGUUUUUAAAUUAAUAAUUAUGUUUAUAACUACAGCGUGUCCUGGUAACUUCUUACCAAAUGGGAUUUUUUUAUUGAGUUAAAAAAAAAACAAAAAAUGUUCAGAAAAAAUUCUGCUUCGUUCAUUGAAUUUUUGGGCCUCCCUGUAUGCAAUAGAAAAACAUUUUGCACGAAAAUCUUGUUUUUUAACAAAGUAGAACUUUUUCUGAACAUUUUUUGUUUUUUACUCAAUAAUAAAAAAAACCCCAUUUGGUAAGAUGUUACCAGGACACGCUCUAUAUUAUAUGAUAAAAGUAAACACUACCUGUUCAUUUCUUUCUUUUAUUUAUUUCUUUUCCAACUUCGCUCCAGGCUUUUUCUUGCACAUGCCUAUUUAAGUAGUCUUUCAUGGUAUGGUCAUACAAAGCAUUGUAUUUUUCAACGAUUUGUACAAAUUUUACAUUAAAUGUUGGAUUAUCUUCCA